AUGGCCCAAAGGAGCACCCGGUGGGCAGCUGGUGCCCAGAGGGAGGCUGGCACCCCUGAGGGGCCCGGGAGGCUCCCAGGAGCAGCAGAUGGCGCUUUGCGGCCUGGGCUGAACGGGGAAAACGAGGGUCUGGUGGGCUUGCUGCCGCAGCCAUUGCCAAAUUUGUCGGGCCCAGCAGAUGGAAGCCAGGGGACCUCCUCCGUCAGCCGGGACCGCGUCAUUGCUGAUUUUCCCAAGUGGUACACGCCCGAGGCCUGCCUGCAGCUCAAGGACCACUUCCACGGGCAGGUGCGCGCGGCCUGCCGGGAGAGGAGGACGGGCACGGUGGGGCUGAAAGUGUCCAAAGUUGUCGUCCUGGGAGACCUCUACGUGGGCAAGACGAGCCUCAUCAACAGGAGCGCAGGGGGAGGUGGCCGGGUCGCCCGCUUUGUGGAGAAGGCCUGGGGGGCCCCACAGAGGGGCUCUGGGGCCAUACCCCCCCUCCGGAGAGAAGGACCACCGGCGGCCUGUGCCCAGAGAGAUCCGAACCCGCUCCUCCGCCUCCAUGUUCCGCCUCCGAGCCCAGGGGGGCAGCGGUCUCCGCCUGACCCGGCUGGGGGAUGCGGUCCCUCGAUCUCCGGCCCCGGGGCCCUCCAGCUCCCAGCUGGCACUGCCGCUCUCCCCCAGUCAGGGCCCGCCUGCGAGCGCACGGAGAUGGACGCCGUCCAGCUGGCCAACGAGAUGCAGGCCGAGUACUGGUCGGUUUCGGCCAAAACAGGGGAGAACGUGAAGGCCUUCUUCUCCCGGGUCGCCGCCCUGGCCUUCGAGCAGUCGGUGCUGCAGGAACUGGAGCGGAGGGGCAGCCGGCGCGCCCAGAUCGGGGCCGGGGCCUCCAUCAGCAUCGGGAUGGAGGAGCACUCUGCUGCGUGCCGGGAAGGUGCCAGCGCCAGCAGCCCCGGGUGCUGCUAGGAGGGGAUCUCUGGAGCCCCAGGACAGUGUGGGGCAGACGGAGCAUCUUUGGCGUCUCGUCUGCCCUUGGGACGUGUGCCCCCUUCUGCCUUGCCUGGCCGGUGGCUUCCUCAUCUGUACAAUGGGCAUAGUUGGGACACGUGGUGGACAAACCCACCUGCCCUCGUGCUUUCUCCAGACACCCUCCUCCCCUCCCCCCAGCGACAAGCCUGUGGCCUUGACCACACCCGAAGGAACUGCCCAGCCCCACACCACCUGGAACCUGCCAGUCACCAAGGGCCGUCCGUCCUGAGCUGACUCCUGGGGCCGCCACCUCCACACUGUCAGCACUGGGGCCAUCACUGCCUGGAACAUCAGUCCCGGCUCCAUCACCUCCUGGACCGUCAGACCCGGCUCCAUCACCUCCUGGACCAUCAGCACUGGAGCCAUCACUGCCUGGACCGUCAGCCCCGGCUCCGUCACCUCCUGGACCGUCAGUCCCGGCUCUGUCACCUCCUGGACCGUCAAGUCCUGGCUCUCUCUCCUCCUAGACCAUCAGCUCUGGCUCCAUCACCUCCUGGACCUUCAGCCCUAGCUCCGUCACCUCCUGGACUAUCAGCACUGGGGCCAUCACUGCCUGGACCGUCAGCCCCGGCUCCGUCACCUCCUGGACUGUCAGUCCCGGCUCCGUCACCUCCUGGACCGUCAGUCCCGGCUCUGUCACCUCCUGGACCGUCAAGUCCUGGCUCUGUCUCCUCCUAGACCAUCAGCUCUGGCUCCAUCACCUCCUGGACCUUCAGCCCUAGCUCCGUCACCUCCUGGACUAUCAGCACUGGGGCCAUCACUGCCUGGACCGUCAGCCCCGGCUCCGUCACCUCCUGGACUGUCAGUCCCGGCUCCGUCACCUCCUGGACCAUCAGUCCCGGCUCUGUCACCUCCUGGACCGUCAGCCCCGGCUCCGUCACCUCCUGGACCAUCAGUCCCGGCUCUGUCACCUCCUGGACCAUCAGCCCCGGCUUAGUUAGCUCUUGGACCGUGACCCCCGGUGCCAUCACCUCGGGCCUGAUUCCUGGCAUGGGGAGAUGGCCCGGGCUGGAGUGGGUCCCCCAGCCCCUGGCGCUGGCCCUGGGAGGAGCUCGGUUGCACAAAGUCGCCCGGUCUUUGGAGAGCGGCCCAGGGUGUGGGCAGGAGCGGGCGCCAGCUUGGAACUCCGGCAGGGCCGGUGUCAGGACCCGCCCCCAUAAGGCGGCACGCCACCUUGUUCUUGGCUUGUACGGCCAGCCCAGGCCUGGGCUUCAGCCCCUGGAACAAGGGCCUGGGGAACGGCUCCUCUGCAGCCUUGCUGUGCCCCUGAUUCCAGGGCGGGACGCCUUCCUCGACCCCAGCUGAGACACCACCCAACCUUUGCCAGAGGGCCUGGCGCGGGGAGGGGCAGGGGGUCUUCACCUGUGUUCCAGCUGAGGCCGGCAGCCUGGCUUGAAGACCCUUCCCCCUGCGAUCACCCUUCAGCUCUCACCCCAGAAGUGAACCCCGUGGCCCCAGGGAAGCAGACACGGGGGGAUCACCACUCUGCUGUGGGAACCGGGCCUCCUUUUUGGCUGCCCCUUCCCCCUCCCGGCACUCCCCGAGAUGUGGUCCUCUCAGACCCCUAGAUCUCUUUCAGACAGACUGCUCUCCCUCCGUAGCCCUCUCUGCUACUUAAUUUGUUUGAUUCCACAUUUAUUGCUAUUAAAAGCCAUCUCUGAUUCGCCCCGA